AUGGAAGGUUCUCGUUCCGCCUUCACCUUAGACCGUGAGGCCUCGGGGGAGGCUCACGGCUCCGCGGACCCGCUGGAGGGGCAGGACGGCCAGGACCCGCCGUCUCCGCAGAGCUCUGCCGACUUCACCACAAGGGACGUCCCAGAGGCCCCCAAGGAGGAGGCAGAGGAGUCCCAGGGCCUCCUGAGGGAGCGGGACUUGAAGGAGGCCUACAUCCAGCUCGUCCACGGUGUGCAGGAGUGGCAAGAUGGCUGCACCUACCGAGGGGAGUUUGGGCUGAACAUGAAGCUUGGAUACGGGGAAUUUUCUUGGCCCACGGGCGAGUUGUACCGUGGGCAGUUUUACCGGGACCACUGCCAUGGCUUGGGCACCUACGUAUGGCCGGAUGGCUCCAGUUUCACUGGCAUGUUUUACCUCAGCCACCGUGAAGGCUACGGCACCAUGUACAUGAAGACAAGAAUCUUCCAGGGGCUGUACAGGGCGGACGAGCGGUUUGGUCCAGGCAUCGAGACCUACCCUGACGGCAGCCAGGACGUGGGGCUGUGGUUCCGAGAGCACCUGGUCAAGCUGUGCACGGAGACCCCCAACAGCUUCUCCCUCCUCAGUUGCCCUGAGUUCUCGGGCUUCCUCACGCGCUGUCCUGCUAGAAUCAGCCUCUCAGAUGAGGAGAGACUGGAGGGGGACCUGCACGAGGGGCAGGACCCCUUUUUCUAUGAGUAUAAGCAGUUUCUUCUGAAUGAUGACCUAACGCUGCCUCCAGAAAUGCACACCUACUCCACCGACAACUGUCACCUGCCCAUGACCAGCUCUUUCCGUAAAGAGUUGGAUGCCUGGAUUGCUGUCAGUGACACCCCUCCAUUUACCGAGGAGGAAGAGCCCUGGUUUAUAACAAAUGAGACCCCUUUGUUGGUCAAAAUCCAGAAGCAAACAUACAAGUUCAGGAACAAGAAGGCUCACACCAGCUGGAACAUGGGCGCCAUCCUGGAGGGGAAGCGUGGCGCUUUUGGGAACUGCGGGCCCAAGGAGCGCCUUUCCAUGGAGAUGAUCCUGAAGGCCGAGGAAGGGGACUAUGAUUGGAUUAAUGGGAUCCUGAGGGACGGCCUGGCCAGUGCCGACGUGGCUGAUGCAAAUGGCUAUACUGUGCUUGCUGCAGCCGCUGUUCACUGUCACAAUGACAUCGUCAACCUCCUCCUGGACUUCGGGGCCGACGUGAACAAGUGCUCGGAUGAGGGCCUCACGCCACUUGGCAUGAGCUUCCUCCUGUACUACCCCAGCUGCUCCUUCAAGUCCAACGUGGCCGAGAGGACCGUGCCCGAGCCCCAGGCAACUCUCAAGUCCCUAGUCAUUCCAAACCUGUCAUUCUCCUUUGCUGAAAUGGCCCAGGAGUCCCUCUGUGGCGAGGUGCAUGUGCCUGCACAGGGCAGCCGGGAACCCAGGCAGCAGCUGCAGGUGGUGGGCGUUGAGGACGAUGCGCUCUCCCAGGACAUCCAGCUGUCUCGGGAGUCCCUAGACCUGAGGAGCAGCUUCCAGAAGGAGUCGCUGUCAGGGAAGGACAGCACUGUCGGCGACAUGGAGAGUGGGCUUGAGGACGUGCUGGGGAGCCUGGACAGGGGCACCCUGUGCAGCAGCGAGACCAACUUCGAGUCCAACGUGUGUGUGCGCAGCUUCUCCGUUGAGCUCCCGCAGGGCCUGCUUCAGAGGAGCGCUGAGAUCCACAGCCUGGGGAUGGUCCCUGCCUCCGGCACCAGCUGCUCCGACAGGGGCACCAUGAGGAAGAUGGUGCUGUCGCUGGCCAAGCAGAGAAACAGGUGGCUGACCAUCAAGCUGCUGCUGCGCCGAGGUGCCGACCCCAACCUGUGCUGCGUGCCCAUGCAGGUCCUGUUCCUGGCUGUUAAGGCUGGGGAUGUGGAUGGGGUGAAGCUUCUGCUGGAGAACAGGGCCAGGACCGACAUCGCGUUUCCUCCACAGCUGGGAGCACUGACCCCCCUCCACAUUGCGGCCGCCCUUCCCGGGGAGGAGGGUGUCCAGAUCAUGGAGCUGCUGCUCCAUGCCAUCAGCGACGUCGACUCCAAGGCAGCUGACCAGGACGAUGUGUAUAAGCCCAGCAAGCUGGACCUCCCGCCCUCCAGCCUGAAGCUCAGCAACGAGCCAGGCCCACCUAGAGCCUACUACAGCACGCACAUGUCACCCCCAGAGGAGGGGGGCAGGACGGCUCUGCACGUGGCAUGCGAGCGCCAGGACAACAACAAGUGUGCCCGGGACAUAGUGCGGCUCCUGCUCUCCCACAGAGCGGACCCCAACACGCUGUGGAGUGGCCACACCCCACUCUCCCUGUCCAUCGCCAGCGGGAACGACCUGAUUGUGAAUGAGCUCCUGUUCCAGGGAGCUGACCCCAACGUGCCCCUGACCAAAGGCUUGGGCAGUGCCCUGUGCGUCGCCUGUGACCUGACCUAUGAGCACCAGAGGAGCAUCAGCAGCAAGCUAGCCCUGAUUGACCAGCUCAUUAGCCAUGGGGCUGACAUCCUGAGGCCUGUAACGCUCACACAAGGGGACAACGUGGCUGUGGGCACAGCUGUUGACUACGGCUAUUUCAGAUUCUACCAGGACCGGAAGAUCGCCCACAGCCCCUUCCACACGCUGAUGCCGGCCGAGCGGGAGACGUUCCUGGCCCGGAAGAAGCUCCUGGAGUACAUGGGCCUGAAGCUGCGGCAGGCCGUCUUCGCCAGGGAGGGCCAGUGGGACAAGGUGCAGCUGUACCUGAGCAAGAGAGUCGCGCUGACCCCCAGCAACAGGCUGAAAAAGAAGAGCUCCAGCCUGUGCAAGGCCUCGCACGCAGAGGAGCAGAUGCACAUCCCCUUCUUCAAGUUCUGCUGCCAGUGCGGCCGCUCUGUCGGUGUCCGCCUCAUGCCCUGCCCCCGCUGCUACGGGAUCCUGACCUGCAGCAAGUACUGCAAGACCAAAGCCUGGAGUGAGUUCCACAAGCAGGAGUGCAGUGACCUGGUGGCCACUGAAUCUGGUCGCAGCUCCUGGCUUGUGGACCCCAAGAUGGGGCCUGGGGGCCUGGGAGGCCCUUCUUUGAAGAGUAAUCACAGCUGA